ACUUGGCAUUUGAUUUACAGCUAGCUUCACAAUCUUUCAUAGUUCAUUCGAAAUCUUGCGUGCGUCAGGUUGUGUUCAGAAAUGCAGUGAACAAAAUGUUGUUGUCUUUUCAAUAUCGUAUUAGUUUCGUGGCAUUUGUGUGUUUAUUUUCUGGUGUUAUUUGCGUCCGGCAAUAUGGAAGUACGGGAAAUAAUUUAUACGUAGUGGAAGAUACCGCUCAGAGUGGAGGGAAACUAACUGUAAUCAAUAGACAUGAUGAUAGCGAAAGUCCCUUGUUGGAAAGGAGAAAACGAGAUGCGGCCAUACAGUCACCGACCGAGCAGAAAAACAUCAGUAUAUGGACUACCCAAUUGAAAGACAGCCAUCAGCAACUGAUGGUGCACUGGGUCGGUGAAGGUUCCAAUGUCAUUAUAUGCUUGGCUCGAGACUCAAGUCCAAGGAAUAAAGGUGGACUUUCACCAUCAGCCCUUUUCAUCUCUUAUGACUAUGGCAAGAACUUCACCAACAAAACUGAAAGCUUCAGGCUUGGGUCAGAACCAGAUAGUGGAUAUGCUCAGCUGGACAAAUUCUUCAACCAUCCGAAGUACCCUGAAUUUUGCGUGUUCGUGGAUUCUACUAAUAUGAAGUUAUAUUACACGAGUGACAAUGGAAGGAACAUACAUAGGUCAGAUCUGUCGUUCUCUCCUACUGAAUUGGCUUUCGACGAGGAGUUCCCGGACAAAUACGUCAUCCUGGACAAAGUGGAUUCAAACAGGAAGCUAUACCUAACCCUCGAUGGCGGAAAGACGUUCAAAAUGAUCCAAAGCUUUGUGAAAACGUUCUUCUGGUCGUCCGGGCCGGGGUACCCGAAGGUUUUCUACGUGGAGCGGUGGAAGCCGGACGGCACUAGCACGGUUUUCAGCGCGAGCGAUCCCACCGACCUGAUCAACGCCGAAGUGUUGUUUGAAGAGGCCAAGGACUUCCAGAUCAAAGGGGAUUAUAUGUUCGCCACCAAGCAGAGCAAAGAGAGAAACACGUUACACCUAUACAUUUCUCAUCAACGAGGACCGUUCUACAAAGCGGAGUUCCAAACCGAGUUGGAUCUUCGUAAGUUCCAUAUCGCAGAUGUGACCGACAAACGUAUAUUUGUCUCUGUCAUGCACACGGAGUCGCUGGCGAACCUGUACGUGUCCGAGAUAGGCAGGAACUUCACUCAGUACAAUUUCGUGUUAAGCAUGGAACAGAUUCUGUGCUACUUCCCCGAUGGGAACUGGAGGAAUAGUUGGCUGGAGGAUGUAACCGAAGAUCCAUUCACGGAUUUAUACCGUGUAGAAGGCCUAAAAGGAAUCUACAUAGCUUCUCGGGUAGAUUCCAAAGCGCCUGUCGCCAACAUCGGCCCGGAGCACCUGAUAUCGUUGAUCACCUUCGAUCAUGGAGUCACGUGGUCGCCUAUCAAACCACCCACUGAAGAUGAGAAUGGUAAACCGCUGAGCUGCCACAUCGAGAACUCGUGCAGUCUACACUUGUGCCAGAAAUUCAGUCAACUGUAUCCGGUAACAAGCCCACCAGGAAAUGUCAUUACAAACGGUCUGAGGUCGGCAAGUAUAAUGAGCUCUAAAUCAGCGCCGGGCGUGAUAAUGGCUACUGGAGUGAUGGGCAAAUCCCUAAAAGGAAUCCCAGGAGUAUACAUGAGUAGAGACGCCGGACUUACUUGGAAGAGGAUCCUGAAGGAUUACUAUUUCUUCAACUACGGAGACCACGGCGGCGUUCUAGUUGUUGUCAAGUACUUCAAGUCGCGCGGCGAGACCAGACGAAUUCUGUAUUCGACGAACGAAGGCAUCGAAUGGAACUCAUAUCAGUUCAACGCCGAUGACCUGCGUAUCUACGGACUGAUGACUGAGCCUGGCGAGAACACCACUACGUUCACCAUGUUUGGAUCUGCCAACGAUCAACACCAGUGGAUCAUCAUUACCAUUGACCUAAGGAACACUUUCAAUCGCAAUUGCACCGCUGAUGAUUACAAAUUCUGGUCUCCGUCGCCACCCAACUCUUCAGUGUCUUGUGUGCUUGGUACCAGAAAUAUAUUCCAACGAAGACUAGCCCACACUAACUGCUACAAUGGUAUUGACUACCAACGGCCAGUAAAACAGGAGGUCUGUGAAUGCACCCGAAGAGAUUUCGAAUGCGAUUUUGGAUUCAUGUUGUCGGGCGAAGAAUGUAUUCAAAACAAGUCUGUCAAAUUCGACCCGUAUUCCAUCCCACCUGAUUGUCACGAAGGUGACUACUACAAACGGACAAAAGGUUACAGAAAGAUCGAUGGGAAUGCGUGCACCAUAUCUGGUUAUAUGGCUUAUGCACCGGACACCAUCCCCUGUCCAAUGGGAGAGCCUACAGAAUUCAUGUUAGUCGCGUUACGGGACAAAAUUGCCAGAAUAGACCUUUCAAACAAUUUUACUCUCUAUCCUGUGGAAGGCCAAAAGAACAUCGUCGCAAUCGAAUUUGACUUGAAGACUAACUGUAUUUAUUGGGCUGAUAUCGAAUCGGACAAGAUUAUGAGACAAUGUUUUGGGACGUUCGGCACCCCCCAAGAGGUGAUAGUUGAUACAGACUUAGCAAGUAUCGAAGGUAUGGCUCUAGACUGGAUAUCAAAUGUCCUGUUCUUUGUGGAUGGAUUGAGGAAGAAGAUUGAGGCAGUCAGGACUGAUCUAACAAGCGAAGGGAGGAUGAGAGUCACUAUUCUGGACUACACACAUCUGUCGAAGCCGAGAGGUAUUGCUGUCCAUCCCAAAGCGGGCUAUCUGUUUUGGACGGACUGGGACAGGAGCGCCCCAUCAGUCUCUAGAUCGAGGCUUGACGGUACUGAAGUGAAAAAAUUGUUUGGCAAUCCGAUAGUGCAGUGGCCUAAUGGAAUCACUAUCGAUCAAAUGUCAGAGAGGAUUUACUGGGUGGAUGCUAUGGAGGAUUACAUCGCCAGCUCCGAUCUGGAGGGCCGGUACCUCCGGAGGAUAUUGUGGAACGACGACAAAGUCAUCCAUCCGUUCGCCGUCGCCGUUCUGAAAGACAAGAUGUACUGGGACGAUUGGAAAGCGAAGUCGAUAUUCAUUGCUGAUAAGGACACUGGUGAUAACGUGAUAACGAUCAAUAAUUCGUUCUCCGGGUUGAUGGAUUUGAAGGUGUUCGCACACUCCGUUCAGUAUGGAAUUAAUGCGUGCUCAUAUAAAAACACCAGUUGUGAUGCCCUGUGUUUGGGCAUGCCGAAUAACAAGUUCAGUUGUCUAUGUCCCGAUGGGUUUAGGAAGUCGAACGGGAAGUGCGUCUGUCCUGACGGAGCGGAACCACUGGCCAACAUGACGUGUCCGAAGUCAGUUGGUGCUACGUGCGGACCGGAGCAGUUCGCGUGCAAGUCCCGCAACGCGUGCAUCCCGCUGUCGUGGCGCUGCGACGGCAACAACGACUGCGGCGACCUGUCGGACGAGCUGGGCUGCCUGUGCACGCCGCCCAUGGUCGCGUGCGACAACACGCGCUGCUACAUGCCGCACUGGAAGUGCGACGGAGAUGUCGACUGCAUUGACAUGAGCGAUGAGAAAGAUUGCGGUCAUCAUAAUUGCAGCGAAAAUCAGUUCCAAUGCGGCAACGGGCACUGUAUAGAGAAACGAUGGGUGUGCGACGGCGAUAAUGACUGCAAGGAUGGAUCUGAUGAACGCAAUUGUACGGUUCAAGUGAAACGUCCAGACAUAGUGAGCUGCACCGGCAACGGUUUCUCCUGCGGUAACGACACGGAGCUGUGCGUGCCUCACUCGUGGGUGUGCGACGGCGACAGCGACUGUCCCAACGGCGCGGACGAGCUCGAGGACCGCUGCAAGAACUCCACUUGCGCGCCGUACAUGUUCCGCUGUCCUUCCGGCAAGUGCAUCUUCAAGACUUGGGUAUGCGACGGUGAGAAUGAUUGUGGUGACACGGAAUCCUCCGACGAGCAAAACUGUCCCAAUAUAGGCCAUUCGAAACUGCUGCCGGAUCCGGCGGUAGAGCGGCCUAACUUCCCCGUGAACACCACCUGCCUUAACUGGAUGUUUAAAUGUGAUAAUGGGAACUGCAUACCCGAUUGGUGGAGGUGCGACAGUAUCGACGAUUGUGGCGACCAUUCCGAUGAGGUUGGGUGCGGUUUGGUGUUGCCAGAGCCUAAAGCUGUGAUCCCAGAACACUCGCUGUCUAGACAGAAAUGCGGCAAGAAUCAGUUCACAUGCUCGCCAGGCGUGUGCAUCCCGCUGGCGUGGGUGUGCGACGGGCCGGAGGACUGCGCGGACGGCGCGGACGAGGCCGGGUGCGGCGCGCGCCCCGCCCCGCCCGGCGCGUGCGGCGCGCGCGACGCGCCCUGCGCCGACGGCCGCGGCUGCGUGCCCGCCGCCAGCCUCUGCGACGGCACGCCGCAGUGCGCCGACGGCAGCGACGAGCUGCACUGCGCCGCACAUGGCCAAAAGCCGGCAUCGAACUGUUCAGCGGGCUACAUCCAGUGCGACGAGGGUCGAUGCGUGUCGCAGGCGGUUGUGUGCAAUGGCCGACAAGACUGCUACGAUGGCAGCGAUGAGUUGAACUGCUCCAGCACCAGCGACAAUCGCAUGUAUCAGUUCUUGAGUAUCGGAGUGGACCAGACAUCGAUAAAUUCUACCAGUUUUUUGAUAUCAUGCUGGAUGGCGCAACAGAAGAUGGUCCUGUACAGCUUCUUGCCUUCCAUCUCGAAGGUCAGCGAUGGCAAAUGGACGAACAUGUCUUGGACAAACGAUAGUAUAUACAGGUUCACGAACUUGGAGCCGUUCACGAAUUACAACGUAACGUUCUACAUCCGCGACAGCAAGUCGAACAGGACCUACGCCUCUAACAAAUAUGUCAACACUACCACCAGACAAGGAAUACCAUCGCCACCAACGAAGCUAAGCGUGCGUCAACUGAUCGGAAACGUCGUGCAAGUACUGUGGGACAAGCCCGAAAACCCCAACGGCGUCAUUCAGUACUACAAGCUUUACUACUCGCCGCCGUCUCCGUGGAACAUGAAACUGUAUCGUGCGAACGACACGAAGACGCAGUCGGUCAAUUUGAAGGCGUAUUUCGUGCCGAAUACGAAUUAUUCGUUUUGGGUAAUGGCGGUAAACGACCUGUACACUUCUAAUUCGUCCGAAGUGGUGUAUCUGACGUUCGAUAUCGGCGGCGAUGUCGAUGAGCUGUCCAACGUUAGUAUGUCGCGGAUCAAUACGUCGGCGGUGUACCUGGAGUGGCACAAGAUCCGCGGUGUGGAGGGAUAUUCGGUGCAGGUUCGCCCGCCCAUGGAGUACGCCAAACCGCCGCCGCUAAAAACCACUAAUAAUAGUAUUACUGUAACAAAUCUGCCGCCUGGCGUGGACCUGUUGAUCGACGUAAGCGCUUACAAAAACUCGAUAUUCGGUGUGCCGUUCACGAUCCCUUUGAAAACCGAAGGCGAACCGGACGUAAUGUUGAACUUUAGCGCAAUUCUACUGAUAGAGAAACGCACCUCAGUGGAACUGCUUUGGUCGCCGCCAGUCGAUAAACGAUACCAGAAUAAGGAGUUAGUGUACGAAGUGCAUUAUACCAAUAUGAUACACAGGACGAAUCCCGGAGAAAUGUCCAAUGAUACAAGAAUAUUGACGAAGAACACAAGCAUCGUCAUCGAUAACCUGCAUCCUUGUGAGAGCUACGAGUUCACUGUGGGUCUCCUCGGCGGACCUCUAGCACCGCACUUGGAAAUUAUCACUAGAGAAAAUUCAAAAGCUCCAGUCAAAAAAUUGCACGUGUUCUACGAUGAGGUGAAUGGCAACAUGACUAUCUCCUGGGACGCAGGUUGCGACGCGCUAAGGAAGCCAGUUACCUAUAUACUGGACAUAACGGAGGAGACGUUGAUGAAAAGGAAUCGUUUCGCAAUGGUCCCGUCUACAAUCUCGCAUUACGAGCACGUCAUACACAACGUGCCGUUUGGCGGCAGAUACAAUAUAUGCGUAUACCCGGCGGAGGUGGCGGCGGGAGAGGGCGCGGGCGUGCAGUGCGUGCGCGCGCGCGCCGGCGUGCUGCCCGCGCCGCGCGCGCUGUCGGCUCGCCGCGCCGCCGACUCGCACCUCAUCGUCACGUGGGCGCACGUGCCGCCCGCGCACAGCUACAAAUUCGAAGUGCUAGUGUCAAGUAAAGAGAUCCCCGACGACCUGCUCAAGCCGACGGACGAAAUGAUAUCGGUGGUGGCGUAUUCGUCGCCGGUGCUGAUGACGGCGCCGUUCGAGUCGGACGGGCCGCUGUACGUGAGCGUGCGCGCUGUCACCGAGGAGGGCUACUACAGCGACCUCAGCGAGGUUCAGACGCUCGAGAUGGAAAGUGAGUACUCGGUGCUGGAGUCGGCCGGCAUGGGCGGCGGCGCGGUGUCGGCGGCGUGGUGGGCCGCGGCGCGCGCCCCUUCCUGCGCUUCAGCACGCACACGCCGCGCUACGACAACCGCCGCGGCCAGGCCACCAUUACCGACCAUGAUGACGACGACGUGCCGCCGAUCCACGGCUUCUCUGAUGACGAGCCGCUGGUGAUCGCGUGAGCGACAACCAACAAUUGUGAUGCAACCGUGAUCUUGUCAUAACAUAGUAUUUUAUAUUUAUUGUACUAUACCUACUCUGUGGCAAUUGAGAAUGUGUUGGGCGAUUUUUGGUGAUGUGGAUGACUUACUUUUUUAAAAACAAAAUUGUCCCGUAUUUGCCAUAAAUUAUACAAUAGGAUCUUCAUUACUCAAAAAAUUGUUUAGCAAUCGAUUUGAAUAAAAUAAGAAUACGAAGAUUCCCUUGUCGCAUUCUGAAUUGCCAAUUACCUUAUUUUAUAUUUAUUGUAUGAUACAUACGCGUUUAGAUCAACAUGUGAAUUUCGAGGUUGUUCGUAGUCACAAAAAAAUCUUAGCGAGAAAGUACAGGUAUUUUCCAUAAUUUAGACAAUGAAAUAGAAAAUCUAUAUAAGUAUUUUUAUAUUCAAUAAAUUAUGCCCUAAGUAUUAUUACGUUACUGUGUUUAGUUCUUAUGAAGUCGUCGGCAGUUUCACUUCAGGUAAAGUGCGUUGAAGUGAAUCCGCCGACGAAACAAACGGGCUGUAAUUUGUAAGACUUGUUUAUUGUAUGUUAUUGAUAAAAACAUUUUAUUUCGCGCUAUUUUCUAAAUUGUUAUAGUUAAUAUAACCACAUCUAUCUCACUCAUUGUUAUUCGAGUUCGACACCAAAGAGCGUUUUAUGUAUUAAGUACAAUUCAUUAAUUUAUAAAUUUAAACGUGUUGAACUUUGUUGUAGUGAAAUUUCAUUUGAUAUGUUCGCGUAGGAUCUCGACAUUCCCAAUGUUUAGUAGUUAAUGUUUAGUUCCUAGUGCCACUAGUGCGGAGUCGUGGUGUUUGCUCAGAAUUAAUUGUCGAAACGAUCAAGCUGGUCUCGCACAUAAAAUGUAAACGUGAUUAAAAUAAAAUUAAAAAAGUA